ACUACGAAGGACCUCUCCCAUAAUGUCUGGCGCGUCGCACUUACGACCGUAUGCGUCACGGGCUUUCGAGUCCUGGACAUGCUCGGCAUGCUCACGUUCGCUUCCCCGGCUACCACGAGCGCGGAAUCCUGCAUUCUCGACACCGCGAAGAUGCCUGAAUACUGCGAAGGAGCCACGCCAGGGCGCCGUGCCGAGGAUGGACCAGAUGCAUGCGCGAUACAAGAUGAAGAAUAGGACAGUGGCGAACUAUGUCUUCAGCGUAAUAGUCGGUUUUGUAGCUAUAACCUAUGGCUCUGUGCCCAUGUACAAAAUGAUCUGCCAACAAACCGGCUGGGGCGGACAACCCAUAAAGUCCGCUGCCCAUGGCGGCGACUCCGGCGUCGACCCUGCCGAGCGUCUGAAGCCCGUCGAGAACCACCCUCGAAUCCGCAUAACGUUCAACGGCUCCGUGUCUGACGUGCUUCCGUGGAAGUUUGUGCCCCAGCAGCGCGAAGUGCGCGUUCUACCUGGCGAGACCGCGCUGGCCUUUUACACGGCGACCAACAAGUCCGACGAAGACAUCAUUGGCGUCGCCACAUACUCGGUAACACCUGGCCAGGUGGCGCCGUAUUUCAGCAAGAUCCAGUGCUUUUGCUUUGAGGAGCAGAGGCUGAAUGCGGGGGAGACGGUGGAUAUGCCGGUUUUCUUCUACAUUGACCCGGAAUUUGUCAUGGAUGGCAAUAUGAAGGGAAUCGAGACGGUUACGUUGAGUUAUACCUUUUUCAAGGCAAAGUAUGACAAGGACGGGCAUCUGCGGCCUGUGCCUAUGGGCUGAGCUUGGAUGGAGGCGGUUGGACUUGUAUACGUGUAUGUAUUAUUGAUAUACCAGAGCAUGGCUGCUGGCCAGAGACUCGCUUGAUGUUUCCCUCUCGCGGGUCGGCCAAUGCUGCAUCUCAAUUUCGCUCAACCACGUAUCCUACAAUGCCUAUCCCUACAGGCGCUUUAGAUUUUCCUGACGAUUGUAGAAUGAGAGGUGUCAAAGGUAUUGAGGCCUUGGAACCCACCCUUUACUCUUGGGGAAUUAUACAGGCUAGGACAAGCAUCUGUCGAGAACCGUACAAGUCUUACUUGUUGAAGACUGAUGGGCAAUUGAGCAAUAGGACCUAGUAGGAUGGAAAAUAAUUCAAUGAC